AUGUCGAGCGAAAGAGCCGCCACCAAACGGCCCGAAAUGCCAUCCAAUCGACCCAGAUCACGCUUUGCCAAUCUACCGCAAACCACGAUUCGCAAAGCGAUCACCCCGUAUCUUCCACCACCAGUAAUACAAGCUAUAGAAAGGAUUGACCCGAAGCUUGAACCCUUUGUUGAACCGGAAGCGACGCUUACACUCACUGUUACCUUCUUGUUGGCCUGGACCGUCUUUCUACUCCUUCGAUUUGUAACGUCUCGCAUUACGGGUUCCGGUCGGGCGAUUGCUGACGAAGACGAAGAUAACGUGCUAUCGCCAAAGCAAACAGAGACGACACAGCAUUACGAAGAGACAGUUCUUCUCUGUGGACCACCCGGAGCUGGCAAAACGCGCUUGUUCUAUCAACUCUGUUUUGGGGAAUCGAACUUGCCGACUGUUCAGAGCAUCAAAGCAAACGUUGGCAUUACUUUACAAAACGAACACGGACCUUCAAUCCGGUAUAUGGACUGGCCGGGUCAUGCGCCAUUGUCCGAUGACGCUUUGCAGCCAAUUUUGAAAGACAAGCCGCGAAUCGUUCUCGUCCUGGACUCAACCCAACCCGUUGCAUCUGCGGCCGACACCCUGUUCAAUUUGCUCGCUUAUGUGCACAGGCAAGGGCGUCGUCAAAUGCAGAAACCCCUGAUCUUUGUUGCCUGUCACAAGAGCGACAUCUCCAAGGCAAAAAACUCCAAACGAGUAAAGAUUCAAAUACGGAGUGAACUGGAACGCCUGUUGAAGGUGCACUCAUCCGAUACUCCAGCUACACCGCUGUGGUGGCCAUCAGGGGAACCCUUGGAACUGGACGAGCUGAGCUUUUGUGACCUGCACUUCACUGCGACCAACUGUGAAGGGGAAGGUUCCCCUGAGCUGGUCGCUUUCACUUGCACCGGAAACGUUCCUGAUGUUGCAUAA